AAGAGGUGCGUUCGUCUGUCAUGUCAGCCACGCACCGUAUAAAGUGUAACAUAUAUGUCUUGGACAUCUGUGGUUUCUGUUUCACAAAGUCAACUAUCACUGUCCAAAUCGAAUACAAAUUCAACUAACUAACCAUCCCACCGCAUCAUCGUAUCAUGGUAAUCGUCGCGGUCGCAGGCGGAACAGGCAACGUAGGCAGGGCCAUCGUUGAGGCCAUCCUUGCCACCGGGAAGUAUGAAGUCAAGAUCCUGUCCCGAAAGCCAAAUCCCGACCUCGAAGUAGAGAUCGGUGCGCCCAUUAUCCCGGUUGACUAUGCCGACGUUGGUUCCAUCGUGAAAGGACUCGAAGACAACAACAUCGACACGGUGAUCUCGGGCAUCGCCAUGCACAGCGCUGACGGCAGCACGCCGAAUGAGACGGAGCUGAUCCGAGCCGCGGACCUGUCCAAGACCACCAGGCGACUCAUCUCGAGCGGGUGGGGCACGCCCGUCAAGGACGACCCCAACAGCUAUAGCGCGAUCGCGUCAGUACGCCACAAGUACAAUGCAAAGAAAGAGCUGCAGAAGACGGAGAACCUAGAGUACACCGUCUUCCACAACGGCUACUUCAUGGACUACUGGGGCUUCCCCGGUAUCAAGUCGUGGCUGGCGCGGAUGCCCCUAGUGUUCUGGCUAGACAUCGCCAACAACGCGGCGGCGAUUCCGGGGUCCGGCAACACGCCCGCCAUCUUCACCCACACCGCCGAUGUCGCCCGAUUUGUUGCUGCUAGCCUGGACCUCCCGAAAUGGGAACCGGAUACCUACGUCUUCGGCGACCGAGUGACGUGGCAUGAAUUUCUCCACUGGGCCGAGGAGGCCAAGGGGACCAAGUUCAAUGUUGGCUACGACAGCAUCGAGAAACUGAAGCUGGGCCAGACCACCGAACUCCCCGCCCAAAUUCCCCUGUACCCAUUCUUCCCGAAAGAGGGCCAGCAGGGCAUGGCCGCCACUUUCGGCCUGUGGUUCGAGGAAGGCAUUUGCGACCUAAGGCCGGCAAAGUUUUUGAACGAGGCGUUCCCGGAAAUCAAGCCGCUGAAGGUGAAAGAAAUGCUGGACAAGGCGUGGAGAAAGACCUGAACCGGAAGGAGGACGAGAAGGAUACUUCGUAUGGCCCUGGUGGAGUGUUGUCGGGAUCUUUGCGGCGGAGUAGUCUGACUUCUUCCAUGAAAGUAAAUGAUACCC